GGUACAUUCGGAGGUUCCAGUUUAGGGGGACUUACAGGCACAGGCCGUAUGGCCUCAAGUUGCCGUCGGCCCAUCUCUGGUUCUGGAAUGAGAUCUGUAAGCGGCCUUGGACCCAAUGCCGGACUAAUUGGCUCGUCUUCACGACGCCGUGUGCUUGCAACUCGUCAAGUCGACCUGGCUGAAUUUGCCUCAGCGUUACCUACACAGACAAGUCUUAAGGUGGUGCUUCGGCUAGCUUCUAAAAAGCUAGUUUCCGCCAAACUCUGCCUGACAUUGCAUAGUUUUAUCCUCAAGGAGGGCGAAGCCACUGAUGAAGAUAUGAUAUCACUCGCCUCACUGAUGUCCCUGAGUCGUCAAGGUAGCUUCAAUGUUGGCGCCGGGGUAACUAUCAAUGAAGUAGGCGGCCUGCCUGGAUUGACGGCUCAUCUUCAGCAGCGGCAAGAACAGCAGAAAAUACAUACGGAUGGGGCACAUUGGUUGCCACAUAUUUCUAGUAGGCCUAGUUUUUAA